CCGAGCGCCGUUCCCUAGAGAGCUUUCCGUGGGCGCGGCCGACCCCCAGAAACGACGUGUCCUCGUGACCCCAGCCCUGAAGAGCGGCCAAGGCCUGCGGUGCGCGCCUGCGACCCGCUGAUGCCGGUUCUUGCGUGACUGUCCCGCCCCGUAACGAAAAUUGUGCAGGUUUAGUGUCAUGGAAAUGCUGAUCACGUGUCACAGCGAAACCAGAAAACAAAAGCUGACAAAUACGCAGUUCUGCGUGCAAUGGAUGUCAGCUCAACAAAUGCGAGAGAAAACCCGGAGCGAACAGGGCCUCAGGGCGGGAUUUAAGGCCGGUUAUCUGGCAUCUUUGUGUUUCUCUGUCCCAUUCAGAUUUUCUGCGUUGGUAAACUUGAUUUCCUGUCAGAAAAAAUAGAGGGGACAGAGGGUGCUUGCAGUGUAGUUCCACUGGAAAGAGACGUGGGGAGGCGUUCAUGUGCAGACGGAGAAAUUAUUUAACACACAGCCCUUCACGGGAAUCCUUGAAUUUCCACAUUUGUCUGCCAGCGUGUGGGAUGGGGAAUGAAGAUGUGGGGAGAGGGUGGGUCUUUCUCCUGUCUCUGAGAAGUUGUGUACGGAACACGUGAAUGGAAAUGGCAGUGUAAUAGCUGAGUCAAGGGGCGAAUGUUUAUGGAAUCCUCUCCUUCACCGGACACUCACCAAGUAUCCCAGCUUCCUGACUGGGAUGUUGGUGGAGCUGGGACUGAAGGCAGGUGUGCUUGGUAUCCGAGCAAAGGAGGACCUGUGCCUCUGCCCUCUCACCUUUGUUUCCUAGUCUGUUAAAUAGUAGGAAAUGGAAUUUUGGAUGCUACAGACAGGAGUGAUUUUGUGGGGGAAUCAUAGGAUGUGUGCAGGGACUUCCGCUGGGGGAGGUGAGGUGUGUGCUGUCCUUGUGCCUCCAUGUCCUCACUGAGGCGGCCUGGCGCAGCUGCCCCCGCCCCCUCCGUCCCCCAGCCACCAUUGUGGCCAAGGGGUGGUGGUGUGCGGGCUCCAGAAAUGAGAAAUUGGCCCUGUCUGGGGGAGAGAAGUGCCUUGAAGACUGACAUCUGAUAUGAUGAGUGGUCUGGGGUUCUUAUAGAGACAUCCUCCUUAUGUUCAUGUCUUCUACCUGUAAGCGCCCCUACCCCACUUAAAGGAUACCUCUAGUAUGACAGGUGUGGAGAUUCUGCCUGCUCUUUAACCAUGAAGGAGACGGACCGGGAGGCUGUUGCAACAGCGGUCCAAAGGGUUGCUGGGAUGCUUCAGCGCCCUGACCAGCUGGACAAAGUGGAGCAGUAUCGCAGAAGAGAGGCCCGGAAGAAGGCCUCCGUGGAGGCCAGAUUGAAGGCCGCAAUCCAGUCGCAGUUGGAUGGGGUGCGCACGGGCCUGAGCCAGCUCCACAAUGCACUGAAUGAUGUUAGAGACAUCCAGCGGUCACUGGCUGACGUCAGCAAAGACUGGAGGCAGAGCAUCAACACCAUCGAGAGCCUCAAGGACGUGAAGGAUGCUGUUGUGCGACACAGCCAGCUCGCUGCAGCCGUGGAGAACCUCAAGAACAUCUUCUCAGUGCCCGAGAUUGUGAGGGAGACCCAGGACCUCAUAGAACAAGGGGAGCUUCUGCAGACCCACCGGAAGCUGAUGGACCUGGAGUGCUCCCGGGACGGGCUGAUGUACGAGCAGUACCGCAUGGAUAGCGGGAACACUCGCGACAUGACCCUCAUCCACGGCUACUUCGGGAGCACGCAGGGGCUCUCUGAUGAGCUGGCCAAGCAGCUGUGGAUGGUGCUGCAGAGGUCGCUGGUCACUGUCCGCCGUGACCCCACCUUGCUGGUCUCAGUUGUCAGGAUCAUUGAAAGGGAAGAAAAAAUUGACAGACGCAUACUUGACCGGAAAAAGCAAACUGGCUUUGUUCCUCCUGGGCGGCCCAAGAAUUGGAAGGAGAAAAUGUUUGCCAUCUUGGACAGAACUGUGACUACUAGAAUAGAGGGCACACAGGCAGACACCAGGGAGUCCGACAAGAUGUGGCUUGUCCGCCACCUAGAAAUCAUAAGGAAGUAUGUCCUGGAUGACCUCAUUGUUGCCAAAAACCUGAUGGUUCAGUGUUUUCCUCCCCAUUAUGAGAUUUUCAGAAACCUCCUGAAGAUGUACCACCAGGCCUUGAGCACACGGAUGCAGGAGCUCGCAUCGGAAGACCUAGAAGCAAAUGAGAUCGUGAGCCUGUUAACAUGGGUCUUAAACACCUACACGAGCACAGAGAUGAUGGGGAACGUGGAGCUGGCCCCAGAAGUGGACGUCAGCGCCCUGGAGCCUUUACUUUCUCCAAACGUGGUCUCUGAGCUACUGGACACAUACAUGUCAACUCUCACUUCAAACAUCAUUGCCUGGCUGCGGAAAGCACUAGAAACAGACAAGAAAGACUGGAUGAAAGAGACCGAGCCUGAAGCCGACCAAGACGGAUACUACCAGACGACGCUCCCCGCCAUUGUCUUCCAGAUGUUUGAACAGAAUCUUCAAGUUGCUGCUCAGAUAAGUGAAGAUUUGAAAACAAAGGUACUAGUUUUGUGUCUUCAGCAAAUGAAUUCUUUCUUAAGUAGAUACAAAGAUGAAGCUCAACUGUAUAAAGAAGAGCAUCUGAGAAACCGGCAGCACCCACACUGCUACGUCCAGUACAUGAUUGCCAUCAUCAACAACUGCCAGACCUUUAAAGAAUCCAUAGUCAGUUUAAAAAGGAAGUAUUUAAAAAAUGAAGUGGAAGAAGGCAUAUCUCUGAGCCAGCCAAGCAUGGAUGGGAUUCUGGACACCAUUGCGAAGGAGGGCUGCGGUAGCCUGCUGGAGGAGGUCUUCCUGGACCUGGAGCAACAUCUCAGUGAGCUGAUGACAAAGAAGUGGCUGUUGGGAUCAAAUGCUGUAGACAUCAUCUGUGUCACUGUGGAAGACUAUUUCAACGAUUUUGCCAAAAUUAAGAAGCCGUAUAAAAAGAGAAUGACGGCCGAGGCGCACCGGCGUGUGGUAGUGGAGUACCUGCGGGCCGUCAUGCAGAAGCGCAUCUCAUUCCGGAGCGCUGAGGAGCGCAAGGAGGGCGCUGAGAGGAUGGUCAGGGAGGCUGAGCAGCUCCGCUUCCUGUUCCGCAAGCUGGCCUCUGGGUUUGGUGAAGAUGCAGAUGGGUACUGUGAUACUAUCAUAGCGAUUGCAGAAGUUAUCAAGCUAACAGACCCUUCUCUGCUCUACUUGGAAGUCUCGACUCUGGUCAGCAAAUACCCAGACCUCAGAGAUGACCACAUCGGCGCGCUGCUGGCUUUGCGAGGGGACGCCAGCCGGGACAUGAAGCAGACGAUCAUCGAGUCACUGGAGCAGGGCCCUACACAGGUGAAUCCCAACUAUGUGCCCAUCUUCAAGGAGAUCGUGGUUCCCAGUCUGAAUGUGGCGAAGCUCCUCAAGUAGACUGUUGGUUUCCAGCCUGUGUGUGAUUCUGCCCUCAUUAUCCCACCCUGGAAACGUAUGACAGCCAGAGUGACCCACAGGCCCACAAGAGACGUCUCGGUCCUGCGUGCCUGCCCCUUGCGGUGCCGAGCACACGGCUUCUUGAAGAACAGGCACUCUGGUGGCGUGGUUCUUGUGGCUUCCUCAUUCUGUCCUUGUGAGGCAGGGUUCUGGUGUGAAAUGCCUCGUGGUGGUUGUCCUCAUUCACCUCUGGGUCUUCCCUCACUCUGCAAGGUGUAAACACUUCUGAAACUCUACUGCGUAAUAAAAGAGUCUCACGUUCUGUGGGGAAAUGAAAA